AUGUCAGAAAUUCUGAAUUCACCUUUACUACAAGAAGCAGAUUUGGAGGAAUACUGUUUUCCUGGUUCAAAUGUCUCUUGUUUGAAGGCUUCUUACCACAAAGCAAUUCAAACUGCGGUAUACCUUUUCCUGCUCUUCGCAAUUACUAUUACCAUUCUAGGGAAUUCCGUGGUCAUCAUCUCUAUAGCUCAUUUCAAACAACUUCACACACCUACAAACAUUUUGGUGAUGUCUUUGGCACUGGCAGAUCUACUUUUGGGAGUCAUCAUCAUGCCAUUCAGCAUGAUCAGGUCUGUUGAUGGCUGCUGGUACUUCAGUGAAGAAUUCUGCCUUUGGCAUUCUAGUUUUGAUGUUUUCCUCUGUACUGCAUCAGCCUUCCACUUGAUUUGUAUUGCAAUAGAUCGAUAUCAAGCUGUGUGCUUUCCACUUCAGUACCCUACAAGAGUAACUAUGCCUGUUGCAUGGCUUAUGGUAGCUAUAAGUUGGAUUUCAGCUGCAGUGUAUUCGUUUGGUCUCCUGAUUUCAAAAGCCAAUGUGGAAAAUUUAGACGAAUACAUUGCAUCUAACUAUUGCCUGGGAUAUUGCAACAUUUUGUUCAAUGCACUAUGGUCUGUUCUGGAUACAUGUAUAGCUUUCAUGUUGCCUUUACUUGUUAUGAUUUUUCUUUAUGCUAAAAUAUUUCUCAUUUCAAAAAAACAUGCAAGAAAAUUUGAUGGUGCAAAGCAGAUGAAAAAUGAUGUGACCAAGUUCUCACAAAAAGCAAAACACGAGAACAAAGCAGCAAAAACUCUUGGUAUUGUGGUAGGUGCAUUUAAUUUAUGCUGGAUGCCAUUUUACAUUAAUUCUCUCCUUGAUCCUUAUAUAAAUUUUUCUACUCCUUUAGUACUUUUUGAUAUUUUUAUUUGGUUAGGUUACAUUAAUUCAGCUCUAAAUCCCAUCAUAUACGGCCUUUUUUAUCCAUGGUUUAGGAAAACACUAUAUCUCAUGAUUACACUAAAAAUAUUUGCUCCAAAUUCUUCUGACAUAAAAGUGUAUGCAGGUUGA